AUGUCUGGGCCAGUAACUGAUGUCGCUAUCGAGGAGACUCAGGCGGUAGGGGCAGACUCACCUACACAGACGUACGGCCUGACUACGCUGUCCGCCGACAAUAUUCACACCGAGACCCGCAAAAACUAUCUUUUUGGUCACCCCAUCGCACACUCUCUGUCCCCCCUCUUCCACAACACGAUCUACGACUCGCUCAACCUCCCAUGGACACAAACCCUUAUCGAGUCGCGCGACCCAGACGAUUUUUUUCCUUUGAUGCGCCAGGAUGACUUCAUUGGCGCGAGCGUCACCAUGCCGCACAAGGUGUCCUUUCUUCAGCACGUCGACGCCGUGACAGAGGAAGCGCGCAUCAUCGGCGCGAUGAACACCCUCUUCGUGCGCCUUGACCCAACGACGCGCCAGCGGCGCUACAUUGGGACCAACACCGACUGCCUCGGCGUGCAGGGCGCAUUUGAGCAGAACGUGCCGGGUAUCCGACAAAGACAGCACGGGCGGCCGGCACUGGUGAUAGGCGGCGGUGGCGCAUGCAGGGCGGCCACGUACGCGGUGAACGCGCUGCUCGGCGCGAGCGUCGUGUAUCUCGUGAAUCGAUACAAGAGCGAGGUCGACGCCGUCCUAGCAGGCUUCGCCAAGGUCGGGUUUGCGGGACGGCUCUUGCACGUCGAGACCGCAGAGCAGGCGCGUGCGCUCGAGGCCCCUGUCUGCAUCGUCGGGGGCGUCCCUGAUUUCCCGCCUCAGUCGCCGGAAGAGGUGCAAGCGCGGGAAGUUAUAUUGGAGUUUUUGGGUAAGCCGGAGAAAGGCGUCGUCCUGGAGGCGUGCUACCAUCCACGCAUAUGGACGGAGUUCGCGGCGCUGAGCGAGGCGAACGGGUGGCAGGUCAUCAUCGGUACGGAGAUGAUGAUAAGUCAGGGUCUUGCGCAGGACGUGUGGUGGACAGAGAAGAGCUUAGACGAGCUGCCGGUGCAGUUGGUACAGAAGGUCAUCCGCGAGGCUGUGGAGAAGAGUCAACAUUGAGUAGAUUUAGAGUCAAACAAGAAGGGAUCCGUGUUAUAUGUAAACUCACGGUGAAAUAUACUGUAUUCAUUCGCUGUCC